AACAGGUAAUGUCUGCGAACAAAUAUCCGAGCACAUUGAUGGAGGCUAUUGUUUAUAUAGGUUCUACAACAAGGUCCCCCCACUCUACCCCACAAAGAAAGCCUUGUCUUGCAAAACAACAUGGCGGACAAGGGUACUGUGGACGACUUUGAAGUUCUUCGCCUCACAGCCCUAGAAGACAACGAUUAUUCACGGUGGAUGGAAAACUUACCGAAUGAGAAACAACUGUGUCCUUUGAAAGAAUUGGUGAUUCCGGGAUCUCAUGAUUCGGGAACGUUUUUCCUUGAUCAAAACAUGGAGAUCGGCCCCGACGAGUCGUCCACGAUUCAAACUCUUGGAAGUAUUUUUGGCAAAAUAGCGAAGUCUGUGGUCCACAGUUGGUCCGUGACACAAUCCAUGACCAUUUACGAGCAGCUGUUGUCGGGUAUCCGCUACCUGGAUCUGCGAGUUGCAUACAGAGAGGAAGACAAAGAGAUUCGUGUUUUGCACGGAUUGUACGGGUGGACGAUUGAGCAGGUUUUAGAAGAAGUGAACCGCUAUGUGGCGAAUUAUCCAAAAGAAAUUGUCAUCCUGGACUUCAAUCACUUUUACAACAUGGAUCCUGCUACUCAUGAAACCCUUGCGGGCACGCUGCUAGCUUCGUUUAGCGAGGUCUUUCGAGCGCCAGGUCAAGACGGCUCAAAUGUUACCCUUCAAGAAAUGUGGGGUAACGAAGAAAAGGUCAUUAUCAUUUACCAUGAUUACGGUGUGGUUGAUGCCUACCCUUGCUUCUGGCCGCCUCACUUGAUUUGCUCCCCGUGGCCAAACACAGCAGAUAGGAAACUGUUGAUGGAAUUUCUCAACAAACAAUCUGCAGUGUCCAGCUUUUCAGACGAUGCCUUUCAAGUGACACAAGCCGUGCUCACGCCGCAAACUUCAACAGUGCUACAGAACAUGACUAGCACCCUUAAAGAUGUCUGUGCGAUGAAAUGCAACAGCCAUGUUACUGGGUGGCUUAAGGCUCUCUGUGGCACCAAGUGUCAUAAAUUUAACAUUAUCAUAGCUGACUUUGUAGAGUUUGGAGAUUUUAUUCCAACUGUCAUAAGUUUUAAUUAUUUUUUCUAAGGUGGCUUAAUGACCAUAACAGUUCAGUUUGCCACUGAGACAGCUAACUAGAGGGGUGGUGAAUGGAUUAGAGCUUUAACCAGACAGUGAAAAUAAUAUGAGAUCCUUUCUGUCAAUGUGAGGAUUUUGUGGCUGUGCAGAGAAUUUGAGACUUGGAGAAUGUGUCUCAAAAAUAUGCAAGUGAGACCACU